AUGUCUCAAAGUCAAGUUCCCGCCCACAGCAAGGGCUCAUGGACAAGUUUCCUCAAGUCCAUCGCCUCCUUCAACGGUGAUCUAUCUUCACUGACUGCUCCUCCUUUCAUCCUAUCUACCACCUCCCUGACCGAAUACUCCGCCUACUGGGCCGAACACCCUGCCGUCUUUGUGGCACCAGCGAAGGAAGCCGACCCCGCGAAGCGUGCUCUCCUAGUGCUCAAGUGGUUCCUCAGUACUCUGCACCAGCAAUACUGCAGUCGUAGCGAAAAGCUCGGCAGUGAGAAGAAGCCCUUGAACCCGUUCCUGGGUGAGCUGUUUAUCGGCAAAUGGGAGGGUGAUGCGGAAGUGGGAGAGACCAGCUUGAUCAGUGAACAAGUCAGCCACCAUCCUCCGGCUACUGCCUACGCGAUCCGCAAUGAGAAGAACGGCGUUGAGCUGCAAGGAUACAACGCGCAGAAGGCCUCGUUUUCGAGCACUAUCCUCGUGAAGCAGAUCGGCCAUGCUUUGUACACACUCACCCCGCCCGGAUCCACCGAGAAGGAGCAAUACCUGAUCACGCUACCCAACCUCCACAUCGAAUCGCUCAUUUACGGCUCCCCCUUCGUCGAACUGGAGAAGUCAACCAAGAUCGUCAGCAGCAGCGGCUACGUUGCCAAGAUUGACUAUUCCGGCAAGGGCUGGCUGAGCGGCAAGAAGAACACCUUCAUCGCGAGUCUAUUCAAGGAGAGCGAGGGCGAAAAGAAGCCCCUAUACACCGUAGAGGGCCAGUGGUCAGAUAAGUUCACCAUCAAGGACGCCCACACCAAGCAGGUGGUCGAUUCCUGGAACUCCAAGGAGAACCCCGUUACUCCACUCAGCCUGGCUCCACUCGAACAACAGGAUCUAUAUGAGAGCCGACGGGCCUGGAAGGACGUGGCCACCAACAUUCAGAAGGGUGACAUGGAUGCCGUUUCUGGCUUUAAGUCACGUAUUGAAAAUGCCCAGCGUGAGCUGCGCCGCCUCGAAAAGGAAGAGGGCCGCGAAUGGGAGCGCCGGUUCUUCAGUCGUCUUGAGCAGAGUGACGACGACGCCCAGACACAGCGUCUUGCCCAGGUGGCUGAUCUUGCUCUUGAAACUGAUAAGACAGGGGGCAUCUGGCGUUUCGAUGCUAAGAAGGCUGCUGGUGCUCAGCCGCCUUAUCACAAGGUCGGCGGUGAGGGGCUCGGUCUCACUGAGUAG